AUUCAGUUUCAACGCUGUUCAUCAGUUUCCAACCACAAAAUGCUCAGUCACAGAGUAGUGGCGCCGUCUUCUCUAUGCCCAGUUGUUUCCUCUGAUUGCUGUUGUCAACGAUCUAAUGGGUUGCUUUUUCCACACAAUUUGAAUUAUGGAUUUUGGCAAGGAACCAGAAAGCUUAGGCCCUGUCGUCUCAAGGCUAGGUUUUGGGAAUCCAUCAGAUCUGGGUUUGUAAAGAAUGACACAACACAGAUUGUUGAACCACCCUCCACCAAUGUAGAAGAGGAAGAACCAUUGCCUGAUGAAUUUGUGCUUGUUGAAAAGACUCAUCCAGAUGGAGAAAUUGAACAAGUAAUAUUCUCUUCGGGGGGAGAUAUUGAUGUGUAUGAUCUUCAAGCCUUGUGUGAUAAGGUAGGAUGGCCUCGGAGGCCACUGUCGAAACUAGCUGCGGCUUUGAAAAAUAGCUACAUUGUUGCAACAUUGCAUUCUGUUCGAAAAUUUCCUGAGCAAGAAGGGAAUGAGCAAAAGAAGCUAAUUGGCAUGGCUCGUGCUACAUCAGAUCAUGCCUUCAAUGCUACCAUCUGGGAUGUUCUUGUGGAUCCAAGCUAUCAGGGCCAAGGUCUUGGUAAGGCUCUAGUUGAAAAGCUUAUAAGGGCUCUUCUACAAAGGGACAUUGGCAAUAUAACACUUUUUGCAGAUAGUCAAGUCGUGGAUUUCUAUCGGAAUUUGGGUUUUGAACCUGAUCCAGAGGGCAUUAAGGGUAUGUUUUGGCACCCCAAGUAUUAGUUCUAGUUUUGGCUGGGCAAAUGAUUAGUUUUGACUUCAUGGGCCAAGUUUGUUUGUGCAUCUACAAAGCUCAGAUAGGACAUGGGAGUUUGGGGGAGGAAAUCUGUAAGUUAAUAUUGAUUGUGCAUUUGUAAUUGAUAUGUUAAUUGUUAAUGCCUUUGUGAUGAGUAUGUUGGCCAUCUGUUAUUAACUCAAAAAAAUGAUAGUUUUUAGGGUUUGCUUCUUCCUCCAGUUACUAUGGAACUGCUGGUUAUUACCUACAAGAUGCAUAUGUUAAUAUAGAUCCCUGUUUGAUAACUCCUGUACAGGCUAUACUUGCCAGGUGCAUGUAACAAGGAUGAUAGGCCCAUUCUCAAAGAAUUAUUUUUCAUUCAGUUAUUGACAAGUUUACAUUCAAUAAUUUGAUUUGAAUUGC